AAAUCUUUAUAAGCCUUCUAUAGGUUUCCCUUUUUUCCUUCCUUUCUCUGCCUUUUUCCUUCAAACCAAAGUUUUUUAUUUCCUAAACCCUAACCCUUCUUCCUCUUAUAACGCCUAUACUUUUCCCGGUUGGCCUAGUUGUUCGCGCCGAAGAAGAGAGCGGAGAGAGAUAAAACACAGACGCUUCUGCAGUCAUGUCUAGGAGGAAGGUUAGGGAGCCCAAGGAGGAAAAUGUGACUCUUGGACCAACUGUACGAGAAGGAGAAAAUGUUUUUGGUGUUGCGCAUAUCUUUGCAUCAUUUAAUGACACCUUCAUUCAUGUGACUGAUUUGUCUGGGAGAGAAACUAUUGUACGCAUUACUGGUGGUAUGAAGGUAAAAGCAGACAGGGAUGAGUCAUCACCAUAUGCUGCUAUGCUUGCAGCUCAGGAUGUUGCUCAGCGAUGCAAAGAACUUGGGAUCACAGCUUUGCACAUCAAGCUUCGUGCAACUGGAGGAAACAAGACAAAGACACCUGGUCCAGGUGCCCAAUCAGCUCUAAGAGCUCUAGCUCGAUCAGGCAUGAAAGUUGGUCGCAUUGAGGAUGUCACACCAAUCCCAACAGACAGCACCCGUAGAAAGGGUGGGAGAAGAGGGAGGAGACUGUAGAUAAAGUCAUCCAUUUGGCAAGAAUGUUGGCUGCAGUUCUGUUUUUUUAGUGGAAGAUUUUAUUUGUCGGGAAUCAGCAAAGUGGAAUCGUAUUUUCUCCUUGUUAAUGCCAACUUGUGAUAUCUCAAUAGAAUGUUUGGAAUGUAGGACAAUUUAUGGAGAAACCAUCGGCAAUUCAAAUAUACUUUGUUGUCAAAAGUGGAGAAAAUAUUCUGAGAUUAUACUUGAGAUGACAAAAGGUUGUGCAGGAGUUAUAUAUUGCUUUACAUACGCUUGGA